AUGGGCUGCCAAGCUUCCAGGUUGGAGCAAGAUGAGGAAGGUCAGCCAGCCAGACCCGGCCUGUUGCGUCGAUUCGAGGACAUUACGUGGCUGCGCAGAAGCGAGAGCAUUGGGAAGGGCACCCUCUCCACAAAGCAACUGAUUGAGGAACAGGGUGGUGAGGAUGAAGAAGGUUCUGCACCCAAACAUAGUGAUAAAGAUGUUUCUCAUAUCCCAGUUGUGAGUAUUGGGCUUGUGGAGGCACCUUCCUUAGAUGAAGUGAACGUGAAGAUAGUAGAGUCUAGAGACAAGAAAGAGGAGAAAGAGGAGGAAAGGGAUAAGGGGAGGGUGGACGAUUGGGAUGACAGCGGUGACCAAGACGAUGAAGGAUGGCUUUCGGACAGGGAAGAUCACCUCUUUUAUCCACGGUCACCAAGUUUUAGGGAGUACUGUAUCAACUGCUACUCGAGGGAACUAGACAAGGAUGAUGGUGAGAUCUUUGGCCUCAAAAGUCAUGUUAAAGGAGCGAAGAGGGAGAAGAAGAAGUCACAAAGGAAGGAGGGGGCUGCAUCUCCAAUUCCGAAUGAGGGAUCAAGACCAAAAUCACCCAAGAAAGGAUUAAAACGAAGGAGUUUCAGGAAGGUGUUAAAAAAGGAUGGGUCCAUAAAAAAUCUCUGGAACGUCAGCGCAUGGUAUAACCCCAGUUUUUCAUCUUCUCAAGACGGGCCCCAGAAAGAGGGUGCAAAAGCCUCCUAA